GAUCCAUGUGCUACUUGCCCCGGAUCACAUGCCUGAUGUCUGCUCUCUCCCUCCCGUUUCAAGGUCAGCACAGCACAUCUCACAUUUCAAGAAGUAUCUCACACUAGAUUCCGAACUCACAUUGCGUACGUCUAGUCUCAUCUGGGAAGAGACGAGCAAAACUAGCCAGGCAUAGGGAGGAUGAGCUCCAGCCAGAGGACGCUCCGGGACGUGAUGAUGCAGGAGGAGAGGCCGACCACCAUGGCCAGCCGCCUCCUCGCUCCGGACGCCUCCCUCUCCAACCCCUCCUUCCGCACCUACUACGGCGUCGCCUCCGCCGGCUCGGUGCCGUUCCUCUGGGAGUCGGCGCCGGGGACGCCCAAGAACGACGGCGCCUCGUCCAGGGCGCUCCCGCCCAUCACGCCGCCGCCUUCCUACUACAGCAAGACGAAGAUCACCAAGUCGGAGUCCUCCAAGAAGCUGCUCUCGUCCUCCAAGCCGGCCAGCUUCGUCCCGACGAUGUUCCGCAGGAGCCACACGAUGCCGGCUCCCUCACCGUCCAAGGAGUACAGCCGGAGGAAGAGGCUGGUGGCGAGCCCGCCGCGGUCGUCCUUCUCGUCCACGUCAAGGGGAGAGGACGAAGAAGCGGACGGCGGGGCGGCGUCACCGACGUCUACCCUGUGCUUCCGCGCCCGGCGCUCCGGCGGAGGAACCGGCAGGCUGCAUGGGAUGAUUGCCUCCGUGGUGGGAAGGUAAGGUUCAGCUGAAUCUUAGCCACGGUGGUUUCCAUUUUUCGACCGUCUGUCGCCUCGUUGGGUAGUUUUACAGUACUGUGGCUUCAUCUUUGUUUACUACGCGGGAAGCAGACGACAGGAGGUUAAUUUGUAACUUUACGCGGUUACAAGCUUAUGACAUGCAUGGAUAUUUUAAGUUUUGGACACGGUAGAACAAUGAUGUGUGAUCAGUUUGUGUCAUUUCGUGUAUAUAAUUUGCGUCCUUAUGUUAAUAUCUGUGUUACUGACUCUCUGUGUCUGUCUGUUACCGUGUUUGGCGAAAAAAAGGUACGUAUAUUACCGACUUUUUAUCAAGUAUAUCUACCAUGGAUAUUAAACUACAGACAUGAUUGUAUGGAUUGUGCCUUCUUUGAGGUCGUGUCAUCUUCUCUACCAAACAUACAUGUAGCCUCUGUUGAAAAAGACAGUGCCUAGAAGGCGUUUAGGCACGCUUAGGCAUUUGACGAUGGCCAAAUGUCUCACCUAGGGCAUAAAUGGAAGUCUAGAUAGGACAAGCAAAGAAUUGUCUACUCAAGCGAGAAAUGAUGCCAUACCGCACUGAUAUGCCAAACGGGUCAUAUCCAAUGGCAGCAGCUGAUAGUUAACUUAUUUAUAUGCCUUAAAUUAAUAUCGACACAUAUAUAAUAAUCACAAAUACACCCUGACAGUAAAACCUAUAUUACCGCCUAGGGCCCUUAAGCACCACCUAGGCACCAGGCGAAGGCCAACCGCCUCCCUUACGCCAACCGCCUUUUCCAUCCUUGCAUGUAGCUCGCAUGCAUGGUUUAAAGCAAUAGGUUGUUUGUUUUUAAUACACUUGAUCAGUUUGUGCCAUUUCCAUCUAAAAAAGAGUGAAUUCCAAUUUUUUAUCCUCUAUUUUGACAUUUUUGGCAUAAAUUGUAUCAUUUAUCAACUAUUCUUUUAGAUUACCCUAUUUACCAAAUGUUUUGCCACUUUUUACCUCAUUUAGCGUAAGUUUUGCUAGUUUCUACUUUCUACCCCAUUUAGUCAUCUAUCGUGUGUAGCUUGAUUCAACCCAAAUUUUCUCCUUGUGUUUUUUCCUCGUAACCUAACUGGUUGGAUGGCUUAGUUGGACAUCAUUUCUUCUCACGGUCAUCAUGUGAACAUACGCUCUCCUUCACCUUGACGGGUUUCUUCUUCACGUCACACAACUCCUUGUUUAUUGCUUCCACCACAAGUUUUCUUCACCACAUUUGCUCCGUGGUGCCGGGUUGUACUAGACAAGGCUCCAUUGGCGCUUUGUCUAACAAAAGAACUACUAAAAGAGCUAUGAGCAACCUAAAAUACUUUAAGAGAGGUCAAAAUGAUAAAACUUUUGCUAAAUGAGGUAAUCCGGAUGAAAAGUUAUUAGAUGGGCUAAUAAGCGUAAAAUAUAUCAAGGUACAGGGACAUAAACUGAAAUUCACUCUCUCAAAAAAUAUAAA